AUGGGUCAGCGCGUCCUCGACGCGACGCUGUCGGCUCCAGAAGAGAAUACCCUUGCGCUGCGCGUAUAUGCUCACUGCACCUCGAGAUCCGCGCCCUCCGACGGCGCUUCUAACGGUGCUGUCACCGUGCUUGUCAUCAACCUGGGCAACGAGAGUACGACGGUUUCUUUCCCGAGCUCCGUUGGCGUAAUUUCUCGGGAGUACGUGCUGACUCCUACUUCGACGAAGGACUCUUCCUUGAUAAAUGCAACAGGGCUGCUUGGCACAGGCGUAGCCCUCAACGGGAAGCUGCUGAAGCUCAACGCUGACGGCUCCGUGCCCGAGAUCGUCGGCAAUCUUGUCGGCAGGCAUGCGUCCGUUGUUCCUGCCACGGCCAUCGCCUUCUUCGUGCUUGCCGACGCCGGGCACGCGGCGUGCCUCGCGCAGCCCAGCACGCCAACAGAAGACGCAGCGAUCCCCAUCUGA